AUGAUCAUCGCCAUUCACAAUCGUACCCCGAAGAGGAGUAUGAACCGGUUCCAAGGAACCAAAGUGUUCCGCAUCGCCCGAAUCAGGGAUUCCAACCGCCUCCAACCCAACACUACGAUACACGACAGCAUGCACAGAAAGGACAGCGUAGGCAGAAAAGCAGAUCGGAUUCAACAGGACAGAAUAGUCAGGUUUUCGAGGAUCCGGCAUCCUGGCCGCCUGGGACUCAAGAUCCAUAUUCGGAAUCGCGCGAAUCGGGCCGGCAACCUCGGCCAGAAUAUGAUGGAGGCGAUGGAGGAACAAGGGCCCUAA